GGUGGCAGCAUCAAACGCGGACGAGCAAUGACGAGCAAAUACGUCAAGCGAUAUGUUAUAAAUAAAGAAUAUAAGAUGUUCUGCGUUAAACACGGCAGGAGGCAGAGCGUCUCGUUACUGUUUAAUCUGAUUCCGAGGGUUCUUUACUCGCGUCGCAGCGACCGAAGCACGAGCUCCUACAAGAUCGUCAAGUCUAAUGGCGAUUCCUUGGACGAUAUUGACAACAGCGUUUUGGGUGUCAACUCCAAUUGGGAAUUAUUAACGCCAAGGGGUUUUAGAUUUUAUCUUCCUGGAAGUAUAGGACCUGCUUGGCUAGAUGCUACUACCACUGCCCAAGUUAACACUCAGUUCGUUAAACUAUGUGAUAAAGAAGAGUUAAUGGAAUCAUUGAACAAUAAAAAUAGAUAUCAAGAAGAUGUAGAAAAUUGGGAGAGUAUACAGCCGACAUUGGACUGUGUGGCUCAGGAAUGUCCUAUUCUUCUACGAAAAAGUAUAGAAGAACUAUUCCCGGGAUGCUUAGAUGUGACUAUGUCACAUCUCACUAUUAUAACUAUUAAUCAGAAAGCAAAUCUUAAAUCUAUGAGAUGGCGUAAAGAAACAGAAACAGAAAAACUUGCCAAAUAUUUUGUUUUAGCAGCCUCCGAUAUAUGUACAAAGCUCAAAAUGGUCGGUUACUGGGCAGACUUUAUAAAUCCUUUCAGUGGACAACCCUACUUGAGUCCAAGAAAGACCAAUCUGUACGAAACCGAUGAACGAUUUCGCUGCGUAGGAUUUAAAGUACGAAGUCUUUAUACUACAGCGCCUGCAAGCACAGAAUUUUUAAAACAAAUAAUAAACGUUGAUAACGAGAAUCAAUAA